AUGUGGACUCUUAAUAACUCCUGUAAAGACAUCAUUUCCGACUGCUGGUCCAAUGUCAUCGUUGGGUGCCCUAUGUGGAUUUUAUCCAAAAAGCUUCAAAAUCUCAAAGCCAAACUGAAACAACUUGGUCCUUCACUGCUUCUGAGGGAACAAGAGAAGGCUGCACAUGAUGACUUGGAAGUUUAUCUAAAACAAGAGGAGUUAUUUUGGGCAGAAAAGGAAAACUUAGAAUGGCACAGUGAUGGUGACCGAAACACGACUUAUUUCCACAGAAUCGCAAAGAUGAAAACUUCAAAUCAAGCUAUAACACUUCUUAUGGACGGCGAUACAUCAGUUACUGACAAAGCGGCUAUGGCUAAUCUGGCAGUGUCUCAUUUUACUAACCUUUUUUGUUUUGCAGGUACUCAACAAAAUCUCAAUAUUGUAGGAGAUGUUAUUCCAAAUCUGGUCACUGAGGAUAUGAACAAGAUUCUUACAGCUUUGCCAUCGCAUGAGGAGAUUAGAAGCGCGGUUUUCGGGCUGAACAAGCAAAGCUCUCCAGGUCCUGGUGGUUUUGGAGGCUUCUUCUACCAAACUUACUGGAGUAUUAUAAAAGAUGAUGUUUGUGCAGCAGUUCUUCAAUUUUUUCAACAUGGUGAAUUCAUUUCAAACUUCAAUGUCAGCAAGAUUAUUCUCAUUCCUAAGUCGCCGGAGGCUCAGUCUAUGGACAUGUAUCGCCCUAUUGCUCUAUCCAACUUCAAUGCUAAGAUCAUAUCAAAAAUCAUUGCAACUAUGCUCUCUUCAAUGAUGCCCUCCCUCAUAUCCAAAGAGCAGCGAGGCUUUAUUCCGGGUAGACACAUCAAGGAUUGUAUUUGCAUUGCGUCAAAAGCGGUUAACGUUUUAGACACCAAUAGCACAUUUGGGAACGUAGCAAUGAAAGUGGAUAUUUCCAAAGCUUUCGACACUAUAAGCUGGGAUUUUAUUAUGCAGGGAGAUCCGCUCUCGCCCAUUAUUUUCGUAUUAGCUCAAGACGUGCUUAGUAGACUUAUCACAAGUCAUGUCUCCAAGGAUUCUAUCUGCCUCAUUCGAGCUUCUGUUGACAAUUGGGUUCCGUCUCAUAGUAUGUAUGCUGAUGACAUUAUGGUUUUCUGCUCGGGUCGUUGUUCCAAUAUCAACAGCAUGAAGACCAUCUUUCACAACUAUGUUGUUGCUUCUGGGCAGCAUGUAAAUCUUGCCAAGUCUUACAUUUUCAUGGGAGGUAUGUCAAACAGUGCUAAGGCUAGUAUAUUAGCGGAUACGGGAUUCCAGCUGGGCUCUUUGCCUUUCUUCCAUCUUGGUGCGCCGCUGUUUAAGGGCAGAGUAAAAAAUUGUCACAUUGCUCCUAUUAUCGACAGAAUCACAGCCAAACUUGCUUGCUGGAAGGGAAACUGCUUGUCCAUGGCUGGUAGAUUAGUCCUCAUCAAGGCAAUUGUUCACAGCAUGGCCCUUUACACCAUCUCUAUUUGCAACUGGCCUUCGACGGUGAUUAAAUUACUGGAAAAAGCUUGCAGAAACUUUCUAUGGUCUGGUAGCACCUCAACCAAAAAAAUGUGUCUGGUUUUGUGGAAGAAAAUUUGUCAGCCGUUUAAUCAUGGUGGUUUGGGCAUUCAUUCAUUUUGCUGCCUGAAUGAAGCUACGAAUAUGAAGAUGAUGUUUGACAUUCUUAAUAGCAAGGAAGAUUGGGUUGUGCUAAUUAAAAAUAGAGUGCUCAGGUCUUAUGGCUGCAUCCGAUACCAUAUUUUCUCUUCCAUAUGGACUAGCGUGAAGGCUGAAUUCGGUACUGUCAUUACUAACUCUCGUUGGGACCUUGGCUCCGGUAAAAACGUAAUGUUCUGGACGGACUCUUGGUGUGGUGCCCUUCUCCUUAAGGACACUAACAUUGAUGCUCUGACUGGCAACGGUAUUGAUCCGCUCAUUAAAGUCUCGGAUCUGUCGUCAAACGGCCAAUGGUACAUCCCUCAUAAUUGGUUUACUUGGUUCCCUUUUCUUUCCUCUAGGCUGCUGCACUUUAAGGCUCCCUCUAUGGAUGCUGAUGAUUCUAUGGGCUGGAAGCAUAGCAUGACGGGUGUGCUGGAGCUGAAAGAGGUUUACCGUUUCAAAGUAAAACUCCUAGCGGUUGUUCCUUGGUGUAAGGCAGUUUGGAACAUUAGUAUUCCUCCGAGUAGAUCCAUCCUUGUUUGGCGUAUGCUUCACGAUUGGCUGAAUCUCUUUCAUCAUAAUAAAUCCCCCCAAUUCGCUCUUGUCCAUUGUGCAGCAGUAGUUAAUCUUCUCUAUAUUAUAUGGCAAACUCGAAAUGCCGCAAGACAUAACAACAUAAAGCCAAACUAUGGAUACGCCACAGACUGGAUUUUGAGAAAGGUUCGGUUAUCCGGUAACUCUUCAAAGAAGGCAUCUUUUAUUAAUAUGAUGGACUUCACUCUAAUUAAAGAAAUCAAAGUCAACAUCAUCCCUCCUAAAGCUCCUUCCAUCUUAGAAGUGAUUUGGGCUCCUCCGAAUUUUGGUUGGUUUAAGUGUAAUUGUGAUGGUUCCUUCAUUCAUGAUUCUUCAAAAGUGGGUGGCGCCGGUUUAUUUCGUAACUACAAAGGAGACUUCAUUCUUUCUUUCGCGGAAAACUUGCGAUGCAACUCGUCUGUUCAUGCUGAAUUUGGUGCGGUAAUUCGUGCCAUGGAGAUAGCCAUUGAUAGGGGUUGGCAAAAGCUUUGGAUUGAAACCGAUUCUUCCAUGGUUGUCAAAGCUUUUUCCAACCAUUGUUUAGUUCCUUUUUCUUUUAGGACCCGUUGGAAUUACUGUUUACAGAACGCUAACUUUUCGCAUAUAUUUAUAUCUCACAUUUAUAGGGAAGGUAAUUCGUGCGCCGAUUUUUUGGCUAAUUUAGCGCUCGGCAUCGAAUCUAUUGCCCUUUUUGAUUCCAUUCCAUUGAGAAUUCGGAAUGAUUUUGUAAAGAAUAGGUUAGGCAUACCUUUCUUUAGGUUCGUGUAA